AUGCCAUUUGAAGACGUAAUAAAAGAGGUCGGUGAGAGCAUUGCCCAGGAGAAAAGCAAGCGAGCUAGACUGAAAGACCUGGACUUGAUUGUACUGGACAACUCAAUCCGUGAGAGCACCGUGGGUCAGCUGAGAGGGCACACGCUAGAAAACAAGUGGAAGAUUUACAACGAGGUGCAAAAGUGUGGAUUCAAGUUCAUCAUCGUAGCAGCCUUCUCGCACAUGACACGCGUCGACGACACCUUUCUUCGUGAGCUCGUGGCUAGAGGAGAAGACGUCAGCAACUUGUUUGCCUUCACUGAAGUUAUGGAAGCAGUGAAUGACGGUAUCCCUGACACUAAGACUACUCCAGUAGGCCUGAGCAAGAUGGAAUCGCUUGGAUUGAUCAAUCCCAUCAUCGAGAUAGAUCUCGCCAUCGAUUCCAUUAACUGGGAGGUCUUCACAGUCCAGGACAUGUGCAAGCUGCUGUCGGAAAGGAUUAAAUGGAGUAGAAGCAAGCUCUCCCCUGAUGCCAAGAUCAUGGUUAAUCUACGAGACUUCCCUGACUCUAUGGUGUAUCAGAUGGAGCGAUUGUUCACUGUUGUGGACUUCUUGGGAUCCUUGUCUGCUGCUGAGCGUCCUUUUGGGAUUCUGUUCGAGGAGCCAACUGGCAAGUUCUUACCAGAGGAAGUAGGAGCUUGGACUGCAGGUAAGAACGACAACAACAACAACAACAAAUAG